GGCCGGGCGCGCCGGGCAGCCGCGCCGCCGGGGGCGCGAGCCGGCGCGCGGCCGUUGGCGCGCGGCCGUUACUUGUCCUGCCCUAUAAACGGUCAGCGCCGCCGAGGACCCCGCGGCCGCAGUCUCCCUGGGUCGCAGUCCUCGCGACUCGCCCCCUUCGCCGGCGCAGUCACCGCGCGGGGCGGCCGCCCGUGAAGGAACUACCACGGCUUGUGACAACGAGUAAAACCCGGGGACAGCGGCACCCGCGGCGACAGCUGGGCGGGCGGCCCCGGCGGGGACAGACGACCCUCGUGCUACCUUGAGGGGCCGACGGCGGCAGCGGCGACCUCCAGCCGGCCGGCAAGCGCGACAUGAGCGUGGCCCGGCACCCGCGGGAUGCACCUUGAGCCCCUUCUCCAACUGUUACCUCCGGGGCGAGGUGGUGGCCACAUCGACGCGUAUUUUCUAAAUCAUUUUUUAUUCUGGCGGCGGCGGGGCAGAAGCGCUUAUUUAUUUUUUGAGUUUUCAACUGCCUUUUACGUAGCACUCACCCAGGGAAACAACGACGUAGCCGUUUCAGGGGAGCCUCCGCCCAGGCUGGAAAUCUCGAACUGAGAGCAACGGUUCUUUUUCGUUUUGUUUUUUGUUUCGGUUAUUUUUGCAAAAGCCGGCGUUUGCAACGUGCCACUUCCAAUGCUUUAAAGAUUGCUGCGUGAUCCUGUCUCUACCAGCGAGCACGUUAUUCCACUCCAGGAACAUCUUGGUCCAGCGAUGCAAAGAACUGACGUUGCAAAGUUUUGUUUCUGUUGCUAGAUGGUCGGGACUUCCCCUUCCCCAACAACUCAGCCGCUCUAGGCAGCUCCCGCGGAUCCCCUAGUGCACGCCCUUCUCGCUCCUCUUCCAGCCUGUACAGCUGGAAGAGUGUGUUACCAUCCUCGUAAUAGUAUAGAAGAAUUCAAGACAGGAAAGAUAGGGAGCAGCGAAUGAAGACUAUAAAAGAAAAGAAGACGGAACAUCAAAGACUGAGAAAAUCUGCCAAGAAUAGGAGGGUAACCCAGAGGAAGCCAUCUUCAGGGCCUGUUUGUCGAUUAUGCCAGCAAGAACCCGGGGAUCCUGAAAAAUUAGGGGAAUUUCUUCAGAAAGACAAUCUCAGCGUGCAUUAUUUCUGUCUUAUCCUAUCUAGCAAGUUACCUCAGAGGGGCCAGUCCAACAGAGGUUUCCAUGGAUUCCUGCCUGAAGACAUCAAAAAAGAAGUAGCUCGAGCUUCUAGGAAGAUCUGCUUUGUGUGCAAGAAAAAGGGAGCUGCCAUCAAGUGCCAGAAGGACCAGUGCAUCAAACACUUCCAUCUCCCCUGUGGUCAAGAACGGGGUUGCCUUUCACAAUUUUUUGGAGAGUACAAAUCAUUUUGUGGAAAACAUCGCCCAACACAGGACAUCCAAGUGGGGAAUAGAGGAGAGGAAAACUGUGUCUUAUGCUGUGAAGACUUAUCCCAGUCAAGUAUUGAAAACAUCCAGAGCCCAUGCUGUAGUCAAAUGAUCUACCACCGCAAGUGCAUACAGAAAUAUGCCCACACAUCAGCAAAGCAUUUCUUCAAAUGUCCACAAUGUAACAACCGAGAAGAGUUUCCUCAAGAAAUGCUAAGAAUGGGAAUUCAUAUUCCUGACAGAGAUGCUGCAUGGGAACUCGAGCCAGGGGCUUUCUCAGAGCUGUAUCAGCGCUAUCAGCAUUGUGACGCCCCCGUCUGUUUGCAUGAAGAAGGAAGAGACAGCUUUGAGGAUGAAGGGAGGUGGUGCCUUGUUCUGUGUGCUACGUGCGGAUCCCAGGGGACCCACCGGGACUGCUCCUCCCUUAGAUCCAGCUCUAAGAAGUGGGAGUGUGAAGAAUGCACCCCUGCUAAAGCAGCAGACUACGCCCCUGAAAACUCAGGUGACAUCCCCUCCUGCAGCAGCACCGUCCACGCUGAGGAGCCCUUCUACAGCGGCGCGGGUCUGGAGGAUAUCCCAGGCCCUUCUUGGAGUGAUUGGCCAGACCCCUCCUUAUUAGAUAAACCAGAGUGUGGCGGGACGGGGCGCUCCUGGCGGUCUAAGAGUGUGAGAGUCACUAAGAAAUGCAGGAAACCCAAGUGACAGCUCCUGAGUAGUCGCUGCCAAGCACAUCCAUGCUUUCCAAGCUGUGCUCCUUCACAGUGUUUGGGGAGGUGGCCCUUGGGGUCUGUGGGACAAGGAGAGGGUCAGCAGUAAGACGAUGAACCAGAGAAAGGGAAGUCCCCAGAGGAAUGUGGGGCCAGAGCAGAGUCAGACGCUGACAGGAAACGUGUUUGUGGCUCAGUGCCUCUGCUUUCUCCCUGCUUCCAAAGGGCCCUUCUUUCCUCCUACUGAGAUUCUUGACCUUUAUUUGGUUCUCAUAUGCCUCCUCUUCAGCCGCACAUAUUACAAUACAAAUAAAUGUUUUCUCUCCAUUGGUUUCUCCUAAUAAGUUCACUC